AUGGCUGUCUUGAUACUCGUAGUCUACGUCUUCAUCCUUGGCAGCUCCGGAAUCUUCAACUCCAAGUUCGAUGUCGGGACGAUGGUGGAUGUCAAGACAAACCUCUCCAAGUACUACGCCGCUCUAAGUCCCUUUUACUUAGAGAACAAGUUUUUCGUGGAUCUGGUGUAUAACUACUUGCUGGCUAUUGCCGUUCCCUUCACCUCGCUCGUCAUUGUCAUCAUCUCAACUUUCAUCACGGUGGUCAAGCUGCGACUGUCUAUGGAGUGGAGGCGUGAUCGAGCUAACCUGUCGUCUGUCGAGAAGAAGGAGAACGCGGUCACGAGGAUGCUCGUCAUAGUAUGCUACGUCUACGUCGUUUGCGUCACUCCGUCUGUCCUUAAUGCUUUCAUCGUGCAGACCGUGCCAGAUUAUCUGCCCACGGGCCGUUACUCUAAUCUCUUCUACGUUGUGGUGGCGUUCAUGCACUUGCUUACCGCCAUAAAUUCGUCCUGCACCUUCUUCAUCUAUUAUUUUAGGGGAUCCAAAUUUCGUUCGACUUUACAUAGUUUAUGUCAUCGCAAAGCCGUUAAGUCAGGGUUAGUGUCAGAGGUCAGUGUCACUAACUCUGACAACAAAAUCCUCAAGAACUAA